AUGCCACCUCAACAGAAAAGCCCAAGCCUCAGACCUUUCAAGCAGAGGAAAAGUUUAGCAACCAGACAAGAGGAAGUUGCUGGAAUUCGGGCCAAGUUCCCAAAUAAGAUCCCGGUGAUAGUGGAGCGCUACCCAAGAGAGAAGCUCCUGCCUCUGCUGGACAAAACCAAGUUCCUGGUCCCCCAGGAGCUGACCAUGACCCAGUUCCUUAGCAUCAUCCGGAGCCGCAUGGUCCUGAGGGCCACCGAAGCCUUUUACCUGCUGGUGGACAACAAGAGCCUGGUCAGCAUGAACAUGACCAUGGCAGAGAUCUACCGGGACUACAAGGAUCAGGACGGCUUUGUCUAUAUGACCUACGCCUCCCAGGAGAUGUUUGGCAGCUUGGAGUCGGCAGUUCCCAGCAGUGGGAACAACCAUGGGAACAGACCUGAAAUUCCCUCCAGCCCACCUCGGGAAGAAUUUGUCCUCUGA